AGCACAAAGGCGCUGGCCGUUGCCACGUCAGGAGCUUCUGUGAAGCUGGCAUUCUGUGCUUCAUUGUUGGCUGGCAGUUUGGCCGCUGGCACUCUGAGGCUAGCAUGGCGGGGCUAGCAGCGCUAGUUCAGAAAACCCGAGACUAUAUAAAGACCAAGGAAUUCCAGGAUUACAUAACCAGCACCCACUUCUGGGGUCCUGUGGCCAACUGGGGCCUUCCCCUAGCCGCCUUGAGGGAUAUGAAAGCGCCUCCCGACAUCAUCAGUGGCCGCAUGACGACGGCGCUCACCUUCUACUCCAUGGCUUUUAUGCGCUUUGCCUACCGGGUCCAGCCUCGGAACUACCUGCUGUUGGCAUGCCAUUUCACCAACUUCUUGGCGCAGAGCUUACAGGGGAGCCGCUACCUGAAGCACCGCUACAGUGCCAGAGCCACGGCCAAAGCCAGCAACGCUCUGGACAAAUAAGCUUGAUGACUGGGGAUAUGGGAGGGGUAGCCUGAGCCAGACUUUGCAGCUUGCAAGCACUGGACAUAGAUCCUCCUAAAGAAAAGCCAAGGAAAACUUUGGUUUACAAACCCAAUUUAAACCUGCAGUUUGGUUAAUUAAAAAAA